GGCGACGCAGGCUGAAGAAAUUAAGUGAGAGGAGGACGGGAAAUGUUCGUGGCAUAGACCGAACGACAUCUCCGAGCAAGACUUGAGCAGAAAGGUAGGCCGAGAGGAGAGAAGGAGAAAAAGCGUCGGCGGCAUGACUUCGCCAGAGGCCGGGGCUGCUCUUUCUGCCGCUGCCUCUGAUCCUCACGCGCCCGUCGUUGAUGUAGCCUCGGACGGAAUGUUGGGGGCGAAAGAGGGUGCGGAUUCGACUGUGCCUAAGGUGGAGGCUGUGGCUGCUGCCGCCUCUGCAGUGGCUGUGUCUGAUCCCGGAGUGCCCGUCGUGGAUAUCCCCCCGAAUGAAAACAUCACCUCGGAGACUCUCGCUGAUAAGACCAUAGGAGAGGUCGCAAAGGACGAUAUGCUUAUUGAAGACGCCCCCGAGGAGGCGGCUGCUGCUGUUGAUGGAAUGACCGUCGAGACUACCACUGUCACUACUACUGAGGUCACCGAGGUCGUUACCACCACCGUCGUGGCUGCAGAGCAAGUGACGAUGGAAGUCACUACUGAGACAAGUUUAGGAAAGAGGGAGAGAGAAGAGACUGAGAAUGGGGAUGACGAUUCGAAGAGAUUGAAGGCUAAUGACAAUGGCAAGGAGGAGAAGGACCCAGUUGCGCCUGUAAAGCUCGGUCCCAAACUCUUCCACUCGGGGAUUGAGAUGUUCACCUACUUCUACGAUCUUUUGCACGGCUGGAUCGCCAACGUGGAUAUCAACAAGUACGAGCAUAUGGUACUUGCCGAUCUGAUAACGAAGGGCCAUCGAGACGCAGAGUCCAAGGUCGGUUCGGGGAUUAAAGCGUUCCAAAUUAGAUUCCACACCGGAUGGCAUAGUAGAUGUUAUUACCUUGUCCGAACAGACGGCUCGGUGGAAGAUUUCAGUUAUCGCAAGUGUGUCGAUAGGCUCAUGCCCCUGCCGGAGUCUCUUUUCUCUCCAUCUGGUGAUCUUAUCGUAGAAAAGCUUUUCGGCUCCUCGGACAAGGACAAGUGGGACAAGAAAGGCAAAGGUAAGGGAGGUGCGGACAACGGUGAAAGGGAAGGAAAAGGUUAUCAAGGUAACAAGGGAAGGGGAGGCGGCGGUGGAUGGCGAGGAGGCAGGGGUGGUGGUGGUGGUGGAGGUGGGCGUGGCAAAAGAUGGUGAUCAGUUGGUUGCUCGACUUCCAAAUUGUCUGUCCUCACCCCCUGCUACGUAGGUAUAUUUCAAGUGGUUGCUCUGGUAGGUGGUAGAUCCUGCGCGCAUGCGAGAGCAUGAAACAGGGAUGUGCAGACUGGGCGAUGAGGCGCACACCGCCAUCACACCGGUUCUACAUGGCGUCUGUCGUCCUCGUAAUCGAGAGUCCCCAUCAUCUCGAUACUGUUCGCAGAAGCCGCCCGACUGAGGCGCCGGGAGACUCUUCAGACGCAGAGUUGGCGUACAGCAGCUAUGCUGAGGAUUUAUCCUCGUCCCCAUGCACGGCUUUAGUCUUUCUGCGUACAUUAGUCUCGCCGGCCUUUAUCUGCCCACCAGGUCGCCACGCAAUUUUGAGCCGGGCUUGAGUUCUCCAAGAAAUAUGUGAAUCGUUCUGUGUGAUCAGCUUGUGGCGGAAUUCGCCACAUUAAUCAGAGCUUCAAGCCCUUAUAUUUUGUCA